CAAAACUCGAUUGAGCGGCCCAAACAAUCCAAAGUGAAGUCUAAAGCAGAAAACAGAAGCCGGAAGAUUCCAAAGAGGAAGAACGGAUGGUUCCCCUGUCGGUAUUUCGUGGCAAUUAGAAUCAGAUGUUUAAGAGCUACAUACCAUUUUCGAAACCUUUCCUAGAAAGCGUUGAAGUGGAUCCUCUCUCUUUCAACACUUGAAAAAAUGGCCAUCUCCACUGCCUUCUCGACGAACGCCCACUUCCCAUUUUCUACAAUUUGCAGAUCAAUUUCCUCCCUCAGUCCACCCCUCGAUGUUUUUUUCAACGCCAGGAGAGAUUGCAAUCGUCGGUUUCCCUCAAUUAGACCAUUGGGCACCAAAUUGGCGAAAACCAGGGCUGCAUUGUCUGAAAUUUCUUACCGCAAGCAGUACCCAAAAGUGGGUGCCAAGUCUAUUGGACCCAUUCCACCUGCCCAGCUACUUCAAGUCGUUGAGAAUGCUGCCAAGACAGGAGCCGAGGUGGUGAUGGAUGCUGUUAAUAAGCCUCGGAAUGUUCAAUAUAAAGGAUUGACAGACUUAGUAACCGAAACAGAUAAAAUGAGUGAGGCUGCUAUUCUGGAAGUCGUUAGAAAGAACUUUAAAGAUCACCUCAUCCUUGGAGAAGAGGGAGGAGUUAUAGGAGAUUCAUCAUCUGAUUAUCUUUGGUGCAUUGAUCCUUUAGAUGGAACAACAAAUUUUGCACACGGCUAUCCUUCCUUUGCAGUAUCUGUUGGCGUUUUAUUUAGGGGAAGUCCUGCUGCUGCAGCUGUGGUAGAGUUUGUUGGGGGUCCUAUGUGUUGGAACACUCGUGUAUUUACUGCAACUGCUGGUGGGGGAGCAUUUUGCAAUGGCCAAAAGAUUAAUGUGAGUCAAACUAGCCAGGUGGAACGAUCUCUUCUAGUUACAGGAUUUGGAUACGAACAUGACGAUCCAUGGGCUACAAAUAUGGAUUUAUUUAAAGAAUUCACAGAUGUCAGCAGGGGAGUGAGACGGCUCGGUGCAGCAGCAGUCGACAUGAGCCAUGUAGCUCUAGGAAUUGUAGAAGCGUAUUGGGAGUAUCGCCUGAAGCCAUGGGAUAUGGCCGCAGGUGUUUUGAUAGUUGAGGAAGCAGGUGGAGCAGUGACUCGCAUGGAUGGGGGAAAGUUCAGUGUCUUUGAUAGAUCUGUUUUGGUUUCUAAUGGUGUCGUACAUGACAAGCUUUUGGAGAAAAUUGGUUCUGCAACAGAAAAACUAAAAAGCAAAGGAAUUGAUUUCUCAUUGUGGUAUAAGCCAGAAAACUAUCUGACAGAUCUUUGAGUUGUGCCUCUCAAUAUCAAUUCUCAAGUCUCCAAGCAACUGUUGCUGUGAGAGUUUGAUUGAAUUGUUGGAAAAAGUGCAUACGUCAAGAUCUUUAAAUAAUGUGAUGUUUAUACUUGUUGAUUUAGAAAAGUUGAAUAAAAAAAUCUUACAUUCAUGGAAACACAUGAUUGAGAGUUAAGGCUCAUGCGUAAUGGAAAAAAUAGUCAAUUCUCCAUUCUCA